AUGGACGCCGCAUCGCUCUUCAAUGUCAAGGACAAAAUCGUCCUCGUAACAGGCGGGGCCAAGGGCAUCGGCCUGAUGAUCUCGGAGGGCUUCGUCGCCAACAGCGCGACGGUGUACAUCUCCUCCCGCGACGCGGCCGCCUGCACCGCCGCGGCCUCCGCCCUCUCCGCCAAGGGGCCCGGCACGGCGCACGCCAUCCCCGCGGACCUGCAGAAGCUCGACGACUGCAAGGCCCUCGUCGCCUCCCUCGCCGCCGCGACGGGCGGCAAGCUCCACGUGCUGGUCAACAACUCGGGCGCCGCGUGGGGCGACUCCUUCGACACGUACCCGGACGCCGCGUGGACGAAGCUGCUCACCCUGAACCUGCAGCGCGUCUUCUCGCUCACGCAGCUCGCGGCGCCGCUGCUGGAGGCCGGCUCCAAGGAAGGCGACCCGAGCCGGAUCAUUAAUAUCGGCAGCGUUGACGGCCUGCGCGUGCCGCUGAUGAGCAGCUUCGCGUACAGCGCGAGCAAGGCCGGGCUGCACCACCUGUCGCGGGCGCUGGCGCGGGAGCUGGGCCCGAGGGGGGUGACGAGCAACACGCUGGCGUGCGGGCCGUUCGAGAGCAAGAUGAUGAAGGCGACGCUGGACUCGAUGAGGGCGACGAUCGAGGAGGAGAUCCCGAUGCGGAGGAUCGGGACGCCGCAGGACGUGGCGGGCGCGUGUCUGUUUUUGGCCUCGAGGGCGGGCGCGUUUGUGACCGGGGCGACUAUUACGGUCGACGGCGGGAUUGUGCUUGCUUCCAAGUUGUAG